CAAGAAAUGACCUUGACUCUUGUGGGAUUUUCGGGUCGCCGUCUUUACCAGAUGAUUAAUGGCGCAACAGCGUACAAAGUGGGAACUAGUGCAUCAAUUUGUUCAUGAAGUUGUUGACUUCAGCUCCCAGUAUGGAUCGGAAAGUGGGACGGGUUUCACAGCGGCAAACAUUGUUGGUCCAUGCCAAGUGUAUCCCAAUUAUUGUGAUUCCAAUGCAACUUGCUCAUUUCGAACAUACGGUAAAUGGUGGCGUAACAGUCCAAGUUAUUUAAAGCCAAUCAAUUUAACGCAUGAUGAUAAUACAUAUUCAAGUGAAGAUUAUGUUGAUUUAUAUUUUGAUAUACCAGUUAUACCGAUACGUUUACAAAUUUAUGAAACUUAUAAUCCCGGUGCAAUUGUACGUAUCUCUGCUGGUUAUCGUCAUCAACCAGCCAAUAAUCCAGUGAAUACACGUAAAAUUCAAUGGACUACUUUAUGGAAAUUGAAUUCUUCUAAUCAUGAUAAUAAACAUUCCAUUGUUCCAUUUCAGCAUACUAAUCAGAACAAUAGUCAUUAUCAUACAAGACAACAUCAGCCACACAAUCAACAUCAACAACGCCAACAACCACUUCAGUUAACUUAUCAAUCGAAUAAUAAUACAUGCACUACUUUAGCUUGUUUAAAUCCUUACAUUAAUGUUGUUGGUGCACCACAACAACAAGGCAUACCUGAUGUACAACAAGUUAAACAAUGCUUACCAUCUGCUAUAUCAUAUCAUGAUGAGAAUGAAUUUACAACAACAGCUCAAUAUUUGGAAUAUCUACCACAAUCACGUAUUUUUCAACCGACAUUGUCUAAUAUUCAACCAUGUCCAACUGAUUUAAUUCGUAUUGAAUUUGAUAAUACACGAUGUCAGUAUUAUACACAAAUUGAUGCUGUACGUUUAUCCGGUUGGGCUGAAUUAACUGAUACAAUGAUAUCACGGUCGUUUGGACAACUUGAAGCUCCCACGUCAUUGUCAUUGUGGUCAUCAUCAUCAUCAUCAUCAUCACCAUCAUCAAUGCAUAUCGUUAAUUCAAUGAAUAUCAUGGAACAACAAACUAAUGCAUCAUUUUUCUCUGAUUUAUUAAAACCGUGUACACCACGUUUAAGAGCAUCAUCCUAUGAUCUCACUAACGAACCAAUGGAUAUAUCAUCAUCAAUGGACUCUUUAUCGAAUCCGUUGAUAGAUGCAAAUCUUGAUGAAGAUGAUCACUGUUCAUCACAACAACCGGCCUCGCCGCCAACACCGCAACCACCGCCCACAUCCUCAUCAUCCUCAUCCUCUUUAGCAUUGGCAUUGUUACCACUUUGUUUACGUCGUAAAUCGUCUGGUUUAAUUCAAAUACCACCAGUUGGUAUGAAUUUAUUAUUGUUACAAAGUAGAAAUCUGAUUGCUUUACCACCUGGUACAAUAUGUCAGUCAUCAUUAGUUGGUUGGAAUUAUUUAAAUGAAAAUGCAUUAUGGCGUCAUGGCCCAUUGACUCGUUUACCGUAUGAAGUUCUGUUGCAUAUAUUCUCUUAUUUGGAUUUAAGAAGUUUAUUUCGUUGUGCACGUGUAUCUCGUCAAUUCCGUUGUCUUGUUCAAGACACAUUGGCAAAUGUAACUAGUAUCAAUCUUCAAUCAUUUUGGUCAACAUUGAAUAAUGCAACAUUGAUUAGUUUAGGUAAACGUCUUGGUCAAGUGAAUUUAACUGCUAAAGUAGUUGCAGAAUAUUAUACAACUGGUCAAUCAUUAGUUGCACCAAUCACUUUAUUACGUCGUCAAGUUAGAGAAGAGGAACAGGAAGGAGAAGAACAAGAAAAACAAGAACGCGGCAGACAAAACCAAGCACAAAUGACUCAUCAUAAUGACCUUGAAAAUCGAUAUGUCGUCACCACAGAUAAACAACAACAACAACAACAGCAGCCUAAUUUAACUAAACGUCGUUUCACUAAAAAAACACCUCAACUACAUCAUACAUCAUUUGCUGCACGUGUACGUAGUUAUAGUUCAAAUGCUGCUGCCCGACUACUUAGUCAUGCAAAAUUGUUGAAUAAUUCUAAUUCUUCAAAUAAUGAAGAUUUUCACCAAGUUGAAAAUGAGUAUAAUGUUAAUCAAAAUUUCAAUGAUAGUAUUUGCAUAGAAGACACUAUACAAUCGGAUGAAUUUCAACAAAAUGGUUAUUUUGAUUUGCCUGACUCACAUUUACGACGUCUAGAUAUGUCAUGGUGUGGAAAUUAUUCACAGAUAACCCCAACAUCAUUUGGUCAUUUUCUUAGUGAUGCUUGUCGUUAUUUAAUUACAUUACGUUUAUCCAGUUGUAAAUUUCUAAAUGAUGAUUGCCUAUUGCACAUUGUCAAUACUUGUCCAUAUUUAGAAGAACUUGAUUUAUCCUCAUGUACUGGUGUCACACCAUAUGGUUUCUCGACAUUGGGUCGAUUAAUUCAUUUACACUGGAUUUCAUUAUAUCGUACACAUAUUAAUGAUAAUUGUUUAUUGAUAUUAGCUGAAUUAUGUCAACAUUUGAAACAUGUGAAUUUAGGCUCAUGUAUUGAUGUUAGUGAUAUGAAUACAGUAUUAGAAGAAUUGACCAGAAAUAAUCGAAAUCUACGUUCAUUAAAUUUAUGGCGUUGUAAUAGUUUGACUGCUACAGGUUUAUCAUUUAUAACAGAGAAUUGUUUACAAUUAGAAGAAUUAGACAUUGGUUGGUGUCGUAAUGUUGUACGUACACAAGAAUCCAAUUGUAUUGUUCAAUUAGCUAGUCGUGUAAAAUAUUUGAAAAAAUUAUUUUUAACUGGUACAAAUUUACUUAAUUCCGAAGAACUUUUACUAGUUAGUCAACACUUACAUUCAACUUUAGAACAAUUCGAUAUACAUGGUUCAACCAGCAUCACCAUAGCUGCAAUUGUCACCCUAUUAAAUCAAUGUAAACAAUUAAAACUGUUGGAUAUUUCAUUUUGUCCAGAAAUUCAUUCGAUUAACUUGAUGAAAUUACGUUAUUUAUUUCCAUUCUGCACUAUUAUCGAUUCCAUACCGGAUAUGAAUGCAGAACUGUUGGGCAAUAAUCAAUAUCCGGAAAUGAUUAUUGAUGAGGUGGAUGAUGACGACGACGGCGAAGAUGACAUUGAUGUUGAUGAUGCAGGCGAUAAUGAUGAUGACGGCGCCGGCGAUCAUAUUAUAAAUGAUGGUGGUAUGAAUGCAGGCGAUUUGUUUCAAUUUCCACGAAGACCAUUAGCUUUGCCUGCACCAGAUCCAUAAUGAUAAUAAUGCCGCUGUUGUGUGUAUUUGUGUACGUGCGUAUCUGUGUACAAAAGAAAGAUAGUAGUAACAUGACCUGCCUCAUAGGUGAUUUAUUUAUCUUAAUUUUUUCGCUUUUGUUUUCUUCAGCGUCUUUUAAUUUGUAUAUUUUCUUAUUUUCAAAAUUCUUGCUUUAAUUAUUUAUGUUGUGGUGCAUUUUGCAUAUACAUGUAAAAAUCAAUAGUGUGUGUGUGUAUGUGUGUAUAUGCGUGUUUAUUUAUUUGUAGUUUUUGUUUUCACUAAUUGUAUGUACGACAGAGAUAGACAGACCUAUUGUAAACACUAACAUUGUGCAGGGAAACAAUGUAAAAUUGAAUCACGCCUUUCAUUUCACU